AUGAACAGUGUCCUCCUUGGAGGGUCAUGUAAACGUCUAUACCAACAUUUGAACGAUGCUACAGGCCCACCUCUUGCUACUGCUCCUGAAGACGACCCCGAUGUGUUCAUCACAGCUGCCGAUGAUGUCAAGUCUCAUAUGCGCUCCUACUUUGACGCACUCUUCACGCGUCAGCCCCGACCCCCCGCACUGAAACCCUGGCUUACCACCCCGUCUGUCAUGGCAAUCUGCCAACGCACCGCCCAUGACCCUUUCAACUGGCCGCAACUAAUGUCCCUGUCUGAUUUACGCCUCCUCUUGCGACGUGGCAAACCCUGA